AUCAGAUCAUACAUAAAAACAUAACCCAAGAGACUACCAAGCUAAUUUAUUUCUUUUCGUUCCGUGUGACCUACCUUGAGCUGAUCAGGUUAGAUUAUUUCCACGGGAUUUCUUGCCUCGGGUUAUUUAUCUCCUUUCUUCCAUUGACGAGAAGAGAAGAGGAGUUUGCGCUGCGCGCUCGUUUUACUAUUUACUGCGCGAUAAAUCAUAGUCUCACGUCGAUCACCUACCUAGCUACUAUAGCUGUCUAGCUUCGCAUAACGACCUUCAACCAUGGCCGGUUACGAUUAUUACAAGACGCCUCUUGAUUCCCGCUAUUCUAGCGAGGAGAUGAAAAAGCUUUUCAGCCAGAGAAGCAGGCACAGCACUUGGCGCAAACUCUGGCUGUGGCUUGCUGAAUCCGAGAAGGAACUCGGUCUUGAGACUAUCACGGACGAAGCACUCGAGCAGUUGCGAGCCCAUCUCACUGUAACGGACGAUGAUUUCGAUAUCGCAAUAGAGGAGGAGCGCCGUCGCCGACACGAUGUCAUGGGCCAUGUCCAUGCUUAUGGUGUCGUAGCACCGGCGGCAGCUGGUAUCAUCCAUGCUGGGGCCACUUCAUGCUAUGUUACUGAUAACACCGAACUGAUCCUCAUACGCGAUGCCAUGGACCUUCUCCUUCCUAAGCUAGCCAAGGUCAUUAGUAACCUAUCCAACUUUGCGCAACAAUGGAAAGAUGAACCAACUCUUGGUUACACACAUUACCAGCCUGCUCAAUUAAUUACAGUUGGAAAGCGAGCCGCCCAAUGGAUCCAGGAACUUGUCAUGGACCUUGAAGACAUUGAACAUGUGCGCAAGGAACUCCAAUUUCGAGGAGGCCAGGGUACAACUGGAACUCAGGCAUCCUUCCUUGAGCUAUUUGGAGGCGAUGAAUCCAAGGUUGAUCAAUUGAAUGUUCUUCUGUGCAAGAAGGCUGGGUUCCCCAGCUGCUAUUCUAUCUCAACCCAGACUUAUACACGAAAGGUCGACCUACGAGUGGCUAACGCUAUCGCCGGAUUGGGUGCUACCGCGCAACGUAUUACAUCUGACAUUCGCCAUCUUGCCAAUCUCAAGGAAUUAGAAGAGCCAUUCGAGAAAGAUCAGAUCGGAAGUUCUGCUAUGGCAUACAAAAGGAACCCCAUGCGUUCUGAGCGCAUCUGCUCUCUUGGUCGCAAACUUGCAAGCCUUCCAGUCAACUUCUCCAACACAUUCUCAGCACAAUGGUUGGAGAGGUCUCUGGACGAUAGCGCUAUCCGUCGCAUUGACAUUCCUGAAAUGUUCCUUCUUGCAGAUGCUAUCUUGAUUGGACUUGACAACGUAACCAACGGUUUAGUUGUUUACCCCAAGCGAAUCGAAUCGCGUAACAGACAGGAACUCCCCUUCAUGAUUACCGAAGCUAUCCUCAUGAAGAUUGUCUCUAAGGGAGGUUCUCGACAGGAAGCCCAUGAGAAGGUCAGAGUACUCUCACACGAAGCGAGCCAUGUUGUCAAGCACGAGGGUGGUAACAAUGAUCUCAUCGAGCGCAUUAAGAAGGAUGAUUACUUCAAGGACAUUUGGGGUGACCUCGAUGAGAUGUUGGACCCUAGACUUUACACUGGUCGAAGUGCCGUAAUCGUUGAAAGAUACUGUGGCAAAGGAGGUGUGAUCGAGAAGAAGCUAGAGCCAUACCAGGAGUACAUCUCCAAGGCCGAGACUGCUCAACUCAGUCUCUAAUCGCCCCAAGGAAAACUUCAAUGUCAGCACUUCGUUGAGAUGCUAGGCCCCUUGGAUAAAGCCUAUCGCGGUGGCUUCGAAACAAUCCAUCACGUUUAUUUUGUUUUUAUUUUCGUUUAUAUGCAGCACGGAGUUCGUGGUUACGAUAAUUACGCCGCGAGGUACGGAGGAAAAAAAGGUCUGUAUAGCAAAAAGACACGGGGAGAGUCGUUACAUUACAGGUAGAAAAAGCUCAGUGUGGCACGACAUGGAAUUCCUUACACGAGGCUAUUCAUCAUGUG